GUUCGAUACAUUGGCGGCCCGGGCAACAUCUGAUCCGGUUAUUGUCUCCGAAGAGAUCGUAACAUCAUUAAUACUGUCGGCAAUCGGGGCAUCGGGCACAGAGUCCCCGGUCUAACGAGACUCUGCACGUAUUGAUCAACGUACAACCCGGUCGUAUGAUGUAGUCCCGCGUGCCGGGACGGCCCUACACAGAAUACAAGGACUCUCAUUCAUCGAUAACAUCCUAGAGUAUAAGUACAGGGUACAUGCAACCCAUUACAGCCAUUCCCUCGCCAACCUUCUCUCUGCAAGUUUCACAAUGACAAUCAUGAACAACCUGUCCACAUCCAUCUUCGACGGCGAAGUUCUGGAAAACAUCCGCCAGUCCAUCGCCAAAUUUUAUCAGCGUUGCGGUUUGCAAUAUCACAAUAUCGCACUUGACGAAGCGUGGUACUCCGAAUGCUGUCAGGAGGCCAUAAACCGCGGCUAUCCGAUGGAUGCCAUCCUCCCAUACAUGGCCGUUGGUGUGGCCAUAAUGUCCAACGCUUACGACCACCUCCCGGAUCGCGCAACUAAGAUAUGGAUCUGCCUCUUCACCGUCGUAGCUACCUGCAUCGAUGACAUGAUGAUCAGGGCAGAAGAUCUGGAGUAUGUGUACCGUUUCAACGAGCGAUUCACGAAUUGCCAGCCGCAGGAGCACCCAGUUCUGAAUACGCUUGAUGGGCUCCUGCGGGAGGUCCCUUGUCAUUAUUCUGCGCCGGUGUCAAAUUUAAUUGUCACGUCCGCGCUCAACUUUAUGUCUUCAAUUUUACUUGACAAUGAGACUCAAGAUAUGCUGAUCUCGCCGAAGACUCCCUCGUACCCCGAGUAUUCUAGGCUGCUAUCAGGCUUGUCAGAUACGUACGGCCUCUGCAUUUUCCCUUCCACACUCCCGCUUCGGGAAUACGUUCAAUGUAUGCCGGAUCUAGCCAUAGUCAUAAAUCACACAAAUGAUAUAUUGUCAUACUACAAAGAGGAGAUCGAAGGCGACUCCGCAAACUACCUGUCGCUCAUAGCAGCCUCUCGUGCUCUCAGCAAACAGGACGCUCUCCGUGAGCUCAUCGAUAAAACUGUGCAAGCAUAUCACAAUGUCCUCGAAUUCCUGAGGCCUCGUCCUGAGGCAUAUGACGCCUAUGUUGCGUUUUUCGAUGGGUAUGUCAAAUUCCAUGCUACCUUAAGAAGGUACAAGCUAGAGGAGGUCAUGUGCGAGAGGUCGUCUUCUUAAUGGGUACAUUUCUUAUGGUACUUCUCAACUUUCUGGGUGUCUACCACAUCUUGAAGUAGCUACCAGUUUCGAGAAGUUUUACGAGAACAAUGGGCAUUUUUUCUAGAAUACUUAUUUCUGUGGUAAUUCUGUAUGUAAAGCUUGCAAAGGACUGCAGCUCAAAUUACUUACAGUAUAAAAACUAAUGUUCGGUGAGAA